AUGUCUUCAAAUUCUCCAGAAUAUGGUCUUCAUGUUCGUAAGCAGCGACAACAGCAAGAACAGGAGCAGCAAGAAAGAGUGGCAAACAGCAACGAAAACCUGUUACAACAAGACCCAUCGAAUGAAUCACACCAAUGCGAGACAGCAGGUACGAAAAGACCAUAUCCUUGGCCCGAGCCCGCCGUCCUUCAGCCCCGACUGGAAUCGUCGACGCAUGCUCGGUCAAUUAUUGGAGUUCAAUCCAUCCUGAAUCCCACCGAGGGUGGCAACUCGCAGGUUGACAAACGACUUACCCAAGACAGCAACAACAGGAACAACACGAUGGAGUUGCUUCGACCUCCUACAUUACCUCCGUCCCCUCAACGACGUAGCUCUUCCUCACCCCUCCUCGCUCCCAUCUCAAAGUCGAUCAGCAAACCAUACCUUCAGCACGCCGGAGGAUCGUCAGUUUCACCACCUCACCCUCCUCGUCGUAUCAUCACACCCGUCUCGCCCGCCCUACGCCACGCCAGUGUUAGUGGAAACCAUAACAUCGGUACUGGAUCUGUUGGUGCAACAGGCAACAGCGGUACUGGUGCAGGAAAAGUCACGGUAUCUCAAUCGCCAUUUGUGCAAGAGUUGUCUGCAGGUGUCUACAGCACUCCGGGACACGGACGAGGAUCAUCAGGUCCGACUGCAACAUCCAUUGAGUACUCGUCAACAUCGAGGUACUCACCACAACUGGCCGUCUCGAUCCCCGGCCGGAACCCACCGCCUCUGCAAAUUUCUCGCCAUUCGACUCCGACUUUCCAUCAACACAGCCGUCAUCUCAGUGGUGGACUGGCCACCAAUCCAAGUUCACAAGCAUCCAGCCCCAGUACACCGCAUUCCACGUUUAGUUCAUUCGUGCCAUCACCUUCUAUUACAUCGGGCAUACUUCCACCUCUGGGACAGUCUGCAUCGCUACCUCCUUCGUCAGUGGGAUUGGACUCUGCCUCACAAUCUCCUUUCAUGGGCAUGGACCCUUUGAGUCGUACGCCGAGUCGUAUGAGUGGCUCAAGAUAUGGUGAUGAUGCUCAUUCCGGCGUUGCAUAUCCCGGCCCAACCGACUUGCUAAGUCAAGCAGGAAAUCAGGUUCAGUAUAGCGGCAGUCCCAUGAUCCCAGUCACCAUUGACUUGAAAUCCGGAUCAAGAAGCCAAGCCGAGAAACGAAAAGCAAACAGUGACGCUUCAAGACGGUUCCGCAACCGAAAAAAGAACGAAGCUGCCCUUGAGCAGAGGAUCAACCAGCUCAAUGAACAAAUGCAAUUUUUGACUGAAGAAAGAGACUUUUAUCGUAACGAAAGAAACUUUUUCAGGGACACAUUGAGUGAACACGUUGGCAUCGCGCAGAUGCCGCCUCGUCCCUCUUCUCCUGCGCCUCAACGUCGCUAUACUCAAUCAACAGCUAGUCCUGGUGAUCAGCCGUCGCCAGCGGAUUCACAUCAACAAGCCAUUGGCAUUGGGGGAGAGAUGAUGUCCAAGAGUAUUAGCACCGGGACCUCCUCGUCACUGGCAUCAACCACGCAACGCAUGCUCCCUACUCCAGCGUCUGGUUCUGACGCUUUGUCGUAUGCAUCGUCUGCUGCAGGUUCACACCACCCCGAAUCGUGGCAGAGCGCGAAUCCUCCUGCUGGUAAUUAUCAACAUCAUCCUUAUCGGGACGAUGUGCGGUAUAUGCCAAAUAUGAGGUGA